CGGGUCUGGCCACCACAGCCCACCGCGUCCCCAGUCCCCUGCUGCCUGCCAGCCGGGGAUGGGUCUGGGACCCGCGUCUCUAGGGAACCACGGUCUCUCCCCCGUGUGCGGACUGGGGUCCCCACCGGGAACCAGCUCUGCCGUAGGGCACAGCGAGCAGGAGUGUAUUUUUUUUUUGAGUGAUACGAGACAGUGCUGAUAUUUCAAACCUCUCCCCACAAAUCCCAUUUUAAUACAAAAAUUUGUUCUUAAAGAAAUAAAAUAAAAUCAAAUCAGGAUUCCAGCUAUUCCAGAAAUGUUUCUGGACGAAACAGCUGCGCAUCGGCAUCUCGCUACCCAGUUUCUCAAAUAUGUUUGGAGAGAGGUGCCGUAGGUGGGAAGCUGUCUCUGAGCUGUUCCUUUUCAGACAGAGCAGAAAACGAAACCCAACACCAAAGUUAUCCCUCUUUGCAGAGCAAUAUUGUCCCCAUGGGGACUGGCUGGUGAACAGCAAUAUCAGCCCUGCAAACACAACCCAAAAUCACCGAAUGUGCAUUUUUUUCCCCAGGAGAUGCUUCAGAGCAAUUUGCUUUUCCUCCAGAAAGAGAAGGAGGAUUUUAACCCAGAAGGAGAAAAGAAAAGCGAUGAGCUGAUGGGGAUGGUGGCAUCGGAGAGGGAGAAGCUGCAGGCUGGAUUCCAGGAGCUGCAGCAGUUCCUGCAGGAGCAGGAGGGUGUCCUGCUGGCCCAGCUCGACGAGGUGCACAGCAGGCUCGCAGAGGGGCGCAGCGAAUACCUCAGCAGUGUUUCUGCGAGGAGGUCGCUGCUGGACACGCUGGUUGCCAAGAUAGAGAAGAAACUUGGCCAGACGGAUAUCGAAUUCCUUAUGGAUAUUGACAGCACCCUGAACAGCUGCGAGACAGCGAAAGCCCCGAUCCCGGAGCCGGUUUCCUUAGAGCUGCAGAGGAGAGUUUGCAGCCUCUCCAAGACGAGCAAGAUGGUCAUGGGUGCCAUGGCUGAAUUCAAAGUGAAUCUGCUGAACAAGAUGGAUAGAGAAAAGGUGAAGGUGACCCUGGACCCGGAGACGGCAAACCCUUACCUGGUCCUGUCGAAGGACGGCAAAACCGUGCGUCUUGGGGAAGGACAGCAAAAGCUCCCUGACACCCCCAAGAGAUUCACAGGCAGCCCCAGCGUCCUGGGCUCCCAGGGGUUCACGGCAGGGAGGCAUUACUGGGAGCUGGAGGUGGGGGACGGGGACAGCUGGGCCGUGGGGGUGGCCGUGGAGUCCGUGCAGAGGAAGGAAGCGCUCAGCCUCGCCAUGGGAGGGAUCUGGGCCGUGCGGCUGGACUGGGAUCGCCAGUACAUGGCGCUUACCAUGCCCCCCACCCCGCUGGUGCUGGAAGAAGCGCCCCGGCAGAUCAGGGUCCACCUGGACUACGAAGCCGGUGAAGUGACCUUCUACAACGUGGAAAACAUGACACAGAUCUUCCAGUUCAAGGCCUCCUUCACUGAGAAGGUCUUCCCAUACUUUUGGCUCUGGUCAGCGGAAUCCUAUAUCCGGCUGUGUGACUGAUGGGGUCGGAUGCCUCCUGGUCCCCUACCCGUGCCUUUGGUUAGCUGAGCGGGAGGGCUGCGUGGGGACGGCGUGGCGUUGCGUGGCAAACUCCCCCUCCGCUUGGGCUGCCUGGUGUCCGCAUGCUGCUGCUGCUCCCGCUGCUGCUCGUCUGCUGGAGCAUUAAAGAUGCGCUUGGCCUA